CGUGAAUCAUUCACGUUGAAGGGAGAAAGGAGUAAAAAUUGUGCUUGAGAGUAUGUACAAAAUCGGGUUGUUAAUCGAUCGUGUGCGCGAGUGUAUCUUCUUCGAGCUGUUUCCAGUUCCGAGGAGAAGAGGAUCACCUGGGGACGAGCCGAUCCGGGACACCUCGGUGAUGCGGCUGAUUGCAGUUCGUUCCGAGGAGAAGAGGAUAACCUCUGGGGACGAGCUGAUCCGGGAAACCUCGGUGAUGCGGUUGAUUGCAGUUCGGGAACCUUUGCCCGGUGAUGCAUUCGGUCCAUUUGCCGAGAGAGAUCUUGCGGAAUCCUCGCCGUGGUACAUUUGUCGAUGCAUCGACGUCCGGAUUUUGCGGUGAGUUUUGCAU